AUGUUCAAGCAGGUUGUCUUCUUUGCUCUCAUCGCUAUGGUUGCUGCCAAGCCUGGUAUACAUUCUGUGGCAUACCCUGCAGCACCAGUCGUUGCUGCAGCGUAUACUGCACCUAUUGCAGCAUACACAGCACCUGUUGCAGCUGCGUACACUGCAGCAUACACCGCACCCGUGGCUACGGCAUACGCUGCUCCCUAUGCUGCAUACACCGCCCCUGUUGCGUACAGCUCUCCAUUAGUUGCUGCUGCAUAUCAAGCUCCCGUUGCCUUCCUCAAGAAAUGA